AUGGUGGCGUGCCUAAAUAUAUUCGUGUUUCCCUCCACCCCACUCCCGUCUCCCUGACCCUGCAGCUCUCACAGUAGCAGAUCGAUCGCACAAGGCACACGUAGCAGAGAGCACAUGCCGGGGCCGGCGGAUCGUCGGUUGCUUCUGCCCCAAUGCUGCUGCUGCUUCUGCAAGAUCGCGCAGUGCUAGAAGCUUGAGGCUGAGUGUGCCGCAGAUGGGCAAGGCGGGUAGGUGGCUCCGAAGCUUCCUGCCGGGCAAGAAGGAUCACAAGGCCGGGAAGGACACCAAGCCCGGCGCCGGGCCCGAGGAGACGCCCAAGUGGGCGCCGGCGUCGCUGUCAGUGACCCCGGCCUCGACGCCGGGGGCCAGGGAGAAGAGGAGGUGGAGCUUCCGGAGGCCUCCGGCGGCAGCCGGGAAGGACGUCGCCACGGGCCAGCUCGCGUUCCUGGAGGCGCGGGCGGACCCGGACCAGCAUGCCAUCGCGGUGGCCAUCGCUACGGCGGCGGCCGCCGAGGCCGCGGUGGCGGCCAAGCAGGCGGCCGCCGCCGUCGUCCGGUACGCCGCGUCCGCGCCGGGGUCCAAGUCGAAGCGGACCGUCGUCGGCAUCGAGGAGGCCGCGGCGAUCAAGAUUCAGUCCGUCUUCAGAUCGUACCUGGCGAGGAAGGCACUGUGCGCGCUCAGGGGGCUGGUGAAGCUGCAGGCCCUGGUGCGCGGCCACCUCGUGCGGAGGCAGGCCAGCAACACCCUGCGCUGCAUGCAGGCGCUCGUCGCCGCCCAGAACAGGGCGCGCACGGCGCGCCUCCGGCUCCUCGACGACGAGAAGCCCAUCCGCACGCCACGGAUGACGCCCACACGCCGCUCGCCGCACCAUCCCCGGCUCCGGCAGCAUCAGGACAUGGAGGAGAACAUCAAGAUCGUGGAGGUGGACACCACCGGGGUAGGGGCGAGCGACGUCCACUGCACGCCGAGGACGUCCCGGCGCAGCAGCUGCUACGCCACGCCGCUCUGCCGCACGCCCUCCAAGAACGACCUGUACCACCAGAAGAUAUCGCCCACGCCGUCGGCGCUGACGGACGCGAGCGGGCGGUCGUGCAGCGGGCGGUACGACGACUUCUCAUUCGGCACCGCGCGGACCAGCCCGUACCAUUAUUACGCCUCCGAUGCGUCGUGUAGGCAGCCGGAGCAGCAGAGCGUCGGCACCACGGGCGCCGACCACCCGCUCCUGUUCCCGAGCUACAUGGCCAACACGCAGUCGUCGCGCGCCAAGGCUCGGUCGCAGAGCGCGCCCAGGCAGCGCGCGUCGGUGUCGUCCGCGCCCGAGGCGGCGCCGCCGUCGUCGUGGGAGAGGCAGGCCAGUGGCGCAGGCCGGCGCAGGGCAUCGCUGGAGGGCCCGGCGCAGCGCGGGAUGGCGUCGCCCAAGGUCGGGGCCGUGCGCGUCCAGCGAUGCCAGUCGCAGGCCAGCGCGCCCGCCGCGGCGUGCCCGUGGGGCGUCAGGCUCGACAUGUCCAGCGCCUCCCUCCACGACAGCGACUGCGGGUCAACCAGCACCAUGAGAACCGCGGCCACCAGCGUGUACUGCUGGUCCGCCGCCGCCACCAACAGCACCGGCGUCGCGUGAUCCACAGUCUGCCACGACAUUAACAUUGAAUCGGAUCAGGCAGAUUGGCAGAGCAAGUGCUAGCGUGCGUAGGGAUGAUACAUGAUCUAGUACUGAAGUUCCUGUGACUCUAGCUAGUUAACAGUAGAAGAAGAAGCUGAGCGUGAUGGUCAAGCAUAUGUGUGAGUGCUCUUUCUACUUUGGUCUCAUGUCUGAUGACAUUUUCGUGUUUGAGCGUGCCAGAAACAUGCAUAAGCGUGUUUUUGACUUCGUGUAGUACUGUGUACUUCGUUUCAGCUGUGUUCAAUCUUUCCUAUCUGUGAACUGUCAAUUCCAAUU